AUGAAGCCGAGUCCGACCGGGACGGCUAAGGAGCAGGAGCCGCCGGCGCCGGCCCGGGGAGAGCAGCGCACGGCGGAGCCUGAGGGGCGCUGGCGGGAGAAGGGCGAGGCGGACACGGAGCGGCAGCGCACCCGCGAGCGGCAGGAGGCCACGCUGGCCGGGCUGGCGGAGCUGGAGUACCUGCGCCAGCGCCAGGAGCUGCUGGUCCGGGGCGCCCUGCGCGGCACGGGGGGCGCGGGGGCCGCUGCAGCCCGCGCCGGGGAGCUGCCGGGGGAGGCGGCGCAGCGCAACCGCCUGGAGGAGAAGUUCUUGGAGGAGAACAUCUUGCUGCUGCGGAAGCAAUUGAAUUGUUUGAGGAGAAGAGACGCAGGUUUGUUGAACCAGUUGCAGGAACUCGACAAGCAGAUAAGUGACUUGAGGCUGGAUGUGGAAAAGACAUCUGAAGAGCGCCUGGAGACAGACAGCCGCCCCAGCUCAGGGUUUUAUGAACUGAGUGAUGGGGCUUCAGGAUCCCUGUCCAAUUCCUCAAACUCGGUCUUCAGUGAGUGUUUAUCCAGUUGUCAUUCCAGCACCUGCUUCUGCAGCCCCUUGGAGGCAACCUUGACUAUCUCAGAUGGUUGCCCCAAAUCUGCAGAUGUGAAUCCCAAGUACCAGUGCGAUCUGGUGUCUAAAAAUGGGAAUGAUGUGUAUCGCUACCCGAGUCCACUUCAUGCCGUGGCUGUGCAGAGCCCAAUGUUCCUCCUUUGCCUGACUGGCAACUCCCUGAGGGAAGAGGAGCGGCUUGGUAACCAUGCCAACGACGUUUGUGCGGGAUCUGAGCUGGACACCGUCAAGACAGACACUAAGUUACCAUCUCCAAGCAGUUUGUGGUCUGCUCCCCAUCCUUCAUCCAGCAAGAAGAUGGAUGGUUACAUUCUGAGCCUAGUCCAGAAAAAAACCCACCCAGUAAGGACCAACAAACCGAGGACCAGUGUGAACGCUGACCCCACGAAGGGGCUUCUGAGGAAUGGGAGCGUUUGUGUCAGAGUGACUGGGGGUGUCUCACAGGGCAACAGUGGGAACCUUAAGAAUUCGAAACAGGUGCCUUUGCCCUCCGGAGGCAUCCCUUCUUUGGACAAUGGGGCCUUCUCCCCACCAAAACAGUGGUCAAAAGAAUCAAAGCCAGAACCUCUGGAAAGCAAGAGGUUGCCCGCGCCUGAAGGCUGUUCUCCAGGCACUGCUACCGAACUUCAAGGUAAGCAUCCGCCCAAAACCGCCAAGCCUGUCUCCCAGGAACAUGCGAGGUGUCCCCCCGCUGGGACAGGGGAGUCCUCUAAGGAAAGCGGGCAGAUCCCAGCUGCCUCUCCGAAAGAGAGCCCUGGGAGGGUCCUCGCACCGCUGCAAGAGAACAAAGUGGUCCAGCCACUGAAAAAGGUGCCACAGAAAAACAGCCCGCAGGCAGGCACUCUGGCGCCCCCUCCCGCCGCCUCAGCCCUGCUGCCCCCCACUCUCCCGGCGGAAGAGCGGCCGGCCCUGGAUUUCAGAAGCGAGGGCUCCUCUUCUCAGAGCCUGGAGGAAGGGCCCCUGGGCAAGGCGCCGGCCGUCCUGGCGCCGCCUCCGGGGGUCAGGCCGCCCCGAGGUGCGCGCCCCGCAGCCACCCCGAGGGGCUCCGCUGUGAAGCACCGGGCGCCGGCUGUCCACGGGCCGGAAAGUGCUCUGCCCGCCGUGAGGGAGAAGGCCCGGGCGGCCAGCAAGAAGUGUCGGUUCCCCGACGACACGGAUACAAAUAAGAAACUGCGGCGGGCCCCGGCCAAGGCGCGGCGGGGCGGGGGCGGCCAGCCGGACGCGGGGCUCCCCAGCCGGCCGCCGGGGGCGGGCCACCGCGCAGGGAGCCGGGCGCACGGCCACGGCCACGGCCGCGAGGCGGUGGUGGCCAAGCCCAAGCACAAGCGCACCGACUCGCGGCGGUGGAGGUCGGCCGCCGAGGUGUCGUACGAGGAGGCGCUGCGGCGCGCGCGGCGGGGCCGGCGGGAGCCCGCGGGGCUGUUCGCGGCCGGGCCUUACGCCAGCCCCUACGCGUACGCGGCCAGCGACUCCGAGUACUCGGCCGAGUGCGAGUCCCUGUUCCACUCCACCGUGCUGGACACCAGCGAGGACGAGCGCAGCAACUACACCACCAACUGCUUCGGCGACAGCGAGUCCAGCGUGAGCGAGGGCGACUUCGUGGGCGACAGCACGAGCACCAGCGACUCGGAGGAGAGCGGGGGCUUGAUUUGGUCCCAGUUCGUGCAGACGCUCCCCCUGCAGCCGGUCCCGGCCCCCGACCUUCGCCACAACCCCACCAAAACCUUCGUCAAGAUUAAGGCCUCACACAACCUCAAGAAGAAGAUCCUCCGCUUUCGGUCGGGCUCUUUGAAACUGAUGACGACCGUCUGAGGCACAUCCUCCGUGUAGACAGUGGGGCUUUCUAGCUCCCCACCAGUCGGUGGUGUCUUCCUUUUUCGUGUGUAAUAAUUUCCCGGAGUGCUUUCCUUUGGUUAAGAGAAAACCGAGGUGAAUUUUUGUCUCCUCUUCGUCAUGUAUGGACACUAGUGCCUUUAAUGGAAGGUAAAGAAUGUUUUUUUUGCUGGUUAGAAGUGAAUAUUGAGUUUCUAAUGGUGGUGACAGUGAGUGAAUUUUGUGGUAUCAGAUGAUUUUUCUUUGAAAUGGUCUGAGCAUCUGUGAAGGCACAGGUUUUGAUGUUCAGGUGUUAAGUGGAUGAGACCUUUUGAUCUGGAGGUCAGGUGGAUGGCAUUUGAGGACAUGCAUUUGCUUCCUUGGUUCUUUAGGGCAGCGUCGCCAUGAGGGUUUUCCUGUUGGGGAUAUCACAUACAGUUGUGUGAAGCAGAUACAAGGGGCAGUCGUGGUUUUCUGUCAUUUUUUAUAUAUUCUGCUUUUCUCAGAUGUAGCCCCAUUCUGUUUUCUUCUCAGAACUGUUUGGUUUACUGGACUCAGAACUUGAAGACCACACCCUACAUCCAGAAAAGUGAUCUGGGUAGGGAGGCUGGUAAUACCUUAAAAGGAUUCGCUAAAACCUUUGCCACCCUUGGUGCCUAGGCCCUGGUUACAGUAACCCCUUCUAGGGCCAUUUACCCAACAUUGAUGCCUUUUUCCCUCCUCUCUAAUUUACAGCAGAUCCAACCAUUCCUCCCUUGGAGACUUGCCUUUGUUAUAACGUUUCUUCAUUGGGUGCAGAGAAAUUCACUCCUAAUGAAAUAACUCUUGGGUGCGACUCCAAGCUCAGAACUGCUCACAGAGCACUGUGCCAUCUAAACAUUAGCCCAAACAUAUUAGUGCAAUCCAGUCCAGAUUGGACCACUGACCCUGUCUCGGAAGGGCUUUUUUAAAAAAAAAUUUUUUUGAUAAACAGUAUUGUGUAAAAUUGCUUUUUUAUACCAAUAUAUGCAUGUUUUGUGCAUGAGUAGUAUUUGUUUUGAUA